GGAUAGUUGAGACUAUCAGGCUUUCACACACUCUGUUUCCUGUGCUGCCUGUAUCCUGUUUGGUGGGAAGACCAAAUGAAAAAAAAAGCUAAUUUGGUGCACUGAUGGUUUUCUUUGCUUCAAACGUGCGAUGGCGUUUGUUUUCAUCACCGUUCUUCUCCUUCUGUCAGUGUUGGAGCAUCCCUACCUUGUCAACGCCACAGGCACUUUCGGCAACUGGGAUGAAAUUGUGGUGGGAAGAGAGCAGCAAGUCACCACGUUGGAGUGCAUCCUUACGGAAGCGAGGGCCGACGUGAACAUCAACUGGAUGGUCAAGUACCUCAACCUCAAUGGGGGGGUCGGCUGGCAACUGGUGCUCUCGGCCAGUGAGCGCGACGGAUUCUUUGGCGGCGCUUCGAAGCCUUCCACGCGGCUGGCCGACCCCAACUUUCUGCUCACGGGCAAUUUCUCGCUGCUCCUUCAAGCUACCGAGCAGGAUGCUGGCAUCUACAAGUGCUUGAUAGAGCAGGAAAGGAAGACGAUCAAGGAGACGGUCAUCCUAUUAGCCAUCCUCACUGUCUUCCAAAUACCCCCAUCGCCUGUCCCUCAGACCAGCACCUUACGUCUGAUAGCCAAGGUCACUCCGGAGACUUCUUGUGAAUUCAUCUCCUGGGAAUCACCGGAUGGCACCUCCUUAAAGACCGUGCUGAAGCCCAGGGCCGGAUUCGUGGCCAAAGUUCCCCAGCUUACAUACGACGACGCCGGCUCCUACAAGUGUGCGGUUCACACCUAUGGGAGCGACACCGUGUUCACGUUUGCCGUGAACAUCAUUGUUGACGCUGUCAGCAUGGCCUCCUUCACCAGGGUGCAGCAUGGCCCAACUAUCUUCACCGCCACUCAAGCGAGGACAUCCGUCCCCUUAACCUGUCCCACUGUGCUAGGGGACUGCGUCUUCCUCUACUGGCAAUCCUCCAGUUCGAGCAUAAACAAGCUGGUGUACCACUACGAUCACUGGAGGGGCAACACGCCCAGCAUGGAAAGCGCCAAGCUCCAACUGGCCGGCUCACCCUACAACGCAGAUGCCGGAAGCUUCUCCUUCUUGUACACGCCGGGCCUCAAAGACGGCGGCCUUUACGUCUGCGACGUGCUCGUCAACGACCAUAUCUUCAGCCAGAGGACGCUGCUGAGCGUGUUAAAAGUGAUGGCCCGGCGUUUGGGAUCCAAGCUGAUGCUGGAGUGCUUGUACAGCGAAAUUUCCCAAGUCCGAGAUGCAUGGUGGGAAUAUCAAAACGAGCGUUGUCCGACGAAAAGUUCUCCCGGCAGUGUCGUCGUCGCUCUGCCGUUACCCGUCACCUUGGACACGGCCGGCAACUACACGUGCACCUUACGGCUCAAAAAUGGCCAAACCAUCAGCGCCGUCCACACCGUCAAGCAGCAAGAGAGCACCGUGGCGCCCUCGUCGCACUCUUCUUCCCCCCACCUCCUCCUCCUGCCUUUAUUACUUCUGGUGCCCCUGGUUGCCACCACCACGGCGGUGUUGCUACGGCAACAGAAGCGCAUCUCCCGUCGAGGUAUUGAGCAGUCGCUGUCUGUCCACUCGGGCGAGACGGAGAACAUCUACGAGAACCCGGAAGAUGUCAGACAGGCUCUUCCGCAGGGGUCGGUCUAUAUGGAUUUAAAACCAAGACAAGCUGAUGUCUACAAGGAACUGGAGCGCUAAGCAAAAAGAAGCAUCGCAUCACCUUUGUGUGUGUGUGUGUGUGUGUGUGUGUGUGUGUGUGUGUGUGUGUGUGUGUGUGUGUGUGUGUGUGUGUGUGUGUGUGUGUGUUUGCUAGCAUGUCAUACGUGUGUUUGCGGAGUCUCCCUGGCAUUCUCCUCACACAGACUGCACAUCACGCUGACACUGUGGCACAAUAUGGCGUCACGCGCUGACAGGCUCCACCGCCUGUGUUGUUGUUUGUGUUUCGUGGGUCGCCUCUACGUGUGUGCGUUUGUGCGUGUCGAAAGGAAAAUAACACUUUUUAUUUUUUUAUUAUGAUUUUUUUUUUUUCAGUGAGUUGGCCUUUGUGCCCCCUUUUCGGUGCCAGAACUGAUCAGAUCCAUGCAUGUGCCACCCUCAUGCUGCUGUCCAAUCUGCUCGCCUGCGUGCAGCAGCGGGGGGCCUUUUAUGAGGAACAGUUACUGGAUUUUAAAAUAGACUUGAAUAGAAAUGACAUUCAAGUGUGUAACUGUUCUCAACAGCUAUGCUGAUUUGUUCGUAUGCCAUUAUGGAAUUAGCAGUGAUGAAAGAGGCUUUUAUUUUUGCAAAGAGGUACUCUAUGUUAAAGGAGACAUCUUGUGCAUUUUUCUCCCCAUAAUGUAAAGCCAAUCUUGUCUUUUAACAUUUCCAUGACAUGAAAUUAUCUUGCCUUGCUAAAACCAGCCAUACAACUAUAGUGUGAAGGUCGAGAAAGAAACGGGUUGUUACAGAUUUUGGAAAGUACUGUACAACCUUUUACUGCGUUUUAAAUCAGAGAUGCAGGUAAACUUUU